AUGAAUAUUUAAUUGACUGAUAUAUUGACUGCUUAUGAAGCAGAGCAUUACUUAGAGAAUCUACAAAUAUUUGAAAUUACAGACUUGGGAUGUAAAAAAUGGUUUGCAUAAGAUGAGAUUUUAUAAAAACUCAAUUUCUAAGCACACAUAAAUGCCAUAACUAGAUCUGAUGAAUUCAUUAUGGAAGCCUUCUGUACCUUCGAAAAAUCAAACCAUUAAUUUAUGAUCUAAUAAUGA